AUCGAACCUCGACCAAGUUGUGUUUUAGGGUUUAUCGCAGAGAGUGGCGAUGGCGGAUUCUUCGUGGGACGAUGCCGCUCUCAUCACCGCUUUCAACUCCGCGGUCGGGAAAUAUCAGGAGAGGCAUAGCUCGAAGGAGUCCGAUGGAAAAUCUUCACACCAGGAGAAGAUCGAGAGUGCAAGCCAGCAAGAUCAAGCGGCGGCGGAGGGAUCGUCCCAGCACGCGGAUUCUUCGUUCGUGGAUCCUUCUUCAUACUAUCCAUAUCCAUAUCCACAGCCUCAUCCCUCAUAUCCAUACCCGGCAUUUGUGUAUCCAGUCCCUGCCUAUGCUUGCGCUCCUCCGCCAAGCCAUUGCUGCCACCACUCGUGCUGUCACUCGAGCUCUACUCAAUCUUCUCGCUCGGAUGAUCCAUCUUUCGAGACGCUCAAGCUCGCAAUUCUACAAUCUCUCUCGCAGCUACCACCAGACAAGCAACUAUCGCUCGAGGACAAUGCCGAAGUUCUCAUCGCUUGGUUCAAUGCAGGAUUUCGCACUGCAAGCCACUUGUACAAACAAGCAUAGGUUACUUUAAAGACGAUCUAUAAGAUUAGCGAAAAUCAAAAACCAUGAUCCGUCCAUUUCGGUGGAUCCGACGCGGCAAGCAUCCAACGGUGAUGUGGUUGCUCGUUAUUUUUCUCUCUUUUCCGUGGCUUUCUCUCUCACAGAUCGCCAUCACGGGUAGUACCCAUUUCUCUUUUUCUAAUUUAUUGGGCCGAGCGUUGGUUGGAUCAGGGCUUUCUUCCUAGGGUUCGUGGCGAGAGAGCGCGGAAGUGGAUGAUCACAACGACGCUGAUCCUCCAAAAUGACCAGCGAGUCGAAAAAGGAGGCUUUCAGGAAAUAUUUGGAGGCGAGUGGAGUGCUCGAUUCGCUAACAAAAGUUCUUGUCGCUCUGUAUGAAGAGAAUGAUAAGCCUCCUCUAGCGAUAGAUUUCAUUCAGCAUAACUUAGGCGGUUACACGAAUGAGGAAUACACCAAGCUCAAGGGUGAGAGGGACGAGCUCCAGCUUAAAUACAAUGAGCUAGUCGCGGCGCACGAAGAGCUUGGUAGAAAGUUUGAGGAGCUCCAAUUGCAGCUUCCUCCUCCCGAGGAGGCACCCCCAGUUGAAGGAGCUCCACCAGCAUAGGAGAUCAAAAUCACAGGGUCACUAGUUCUUUUGAAUCAUAACACGCUCUAAUACAUUUGGAUGGAGAAGCUUAAA